UACAGUGUCCAGCAGGAGGCGGUAGAUCGCCCAGUAAGUGGUGGUAGAGCGUCCAGCAGGUGGCGGUAGCGCGCGCUGCCAGGCGCCCAGCAGAAGAAGAGCGAUGGCCACAGUGCUCAUUACACGCAGUCCACAGGAGUGACGAAAACACACGAAACGAAACCUCAAAACGAACCCUCAAGACGAAGUAUCGAAUAUAAAGUCUGUGACACUACGGCAGGCAGCAUGGUGGGCGAGCGGCGUAAGGGGAACCUCCUGGUCCAGCUGGGCCCGCGGCAGCAGGCCUUCCCCGAGGAGCUCCUCCGCCAGCGCCGCACGCAGGACGGCCACACCGAGUACCUGGUCCGCUGGACCCUGGUCGCCCUGGACGACGGCACGGGCCAGGGGGGCGCGGCCGGCGAGGGGGAUGGGGGCGGGGCCGGCGCCGGGGGCGGCUCCACCUCAUCGGUGGAGAGCAAGACGGAGAACGUCCUGAUGUGGAUGUCCACGGAGGACGUCUACGCCAACUGCCCCACCCUGCUGGGCAAGAGGCCGGCGGACGCCGCGCCCGGGCCCCCGCGGCCCGAGGAGGAGCGGGGGCCCCCGGCGGCGGAGGAGGAGGAGGAGGGGGGGGGCGGGGCCCGCCGCGGGCAGUUCACCCCCGGGUCGACCUUCGACGAGGCGGAGCUGCAGGACAUGAAGGAGGACGUCCAGAACCUGGUGCGGCGCGCCCGCAAGCAGAUGGCCAAGAAGGGGGACUUCCCCAACUGCACCACGCACACGGUGGACGUGCUGAGCGCCUACGCCGGCAUCGGCGCGCUGGUGGGCGUGUUCCGGGAGACGGGCGCCCUGGACCUGCUGAUGGAGCUGCUCUGCAACAAGGAGAGCCAGACGCGCCGCAGUGCCGGCAAGAUGCUGCGCGCCCUCGCCUCCCACGACGCAGGCAGCAGGGCCUAUGUGCUGCUGUCCCUCAGCCAGCAGGAUGGCAUCGAGCAGCACAUGGACUUUGACAACCGCUACACCCUGCUGGAGCUGUUCGCCGAGACCACCUCCUCCGAGGAGCACGGCAUCUCCUUCGAGGGCAUCCACCUCCCGCAGAUCCCAGGCAAGCUGCUGUUCUCGCUGGUCAAGCGCUACCUGUGCGUCACCUCUCUGAUGGACAAGCUCAACACGGCGGGGGUGGAGUCUAGCUCUGACAGACAGGAGGCCGGCUCCGCCUCCUCCCCCUGCUCCGCCUCCCCGGACGAGCAACCCCGUCUCCGGCGACAGUUUCACUUCUCCAUGGCGAUGGGCAACCUGAUCUCCGAGCUGGUGCGGGUCAUGGGCUGGGACCGCAACCGCCCCCCCGGCCCCGGGGCCCAGGGGGAGGAGCCUCCGCGGCCCAUCCUCCGCUCCAUCUUCCAGCCCCGCUUCACCUCCGUCACCGUGAGCGGCCCCACGCCCGCCACCGCCGCCGCCGCCGCCGUCGCCGUCACCACGAACACCGCCGCCGCCGCCGCGGCGCCGCUCAAGAGGAAGAGCUCCAGCGGCUUCAAGACGCGCACGGACUUCAGCAGCCGGCUGGCGUACGUGGAGUACGUCCAGGCCAACCUGGCCAGCGGCAUGACGGUGCGCAUGCUGGAGGACUACGACGAGGUCAGCGCCAACGAUGAGGGAGAGUUCAGGUACAGCAACGACGGCUCCCCACCUGUACAGGUCCACUGGAACUCCCUGUCCCGGACCUACUGGGUCCACUGGCACAUGGUGGAGAUCCUGGGCGAAGGGCCCGGGGCUUCUGCUGACAAGGACAGCCAGGAGGUCAGCUCGGCCCUCACAGAGACCCUCAAGCUGACCGCCGUGAGGCAGACCUUCCUGUCCAAGCCCCCGGGCGGACUCUACUCUCUGCCCUACAUGUCUGAGGAGCGGCAGGGCGAGGAGGCGGCCUGCCUCAGCCGCGCCGAGUGGUGGGAGGUGCUCUUCUUCAUCAAGAAACUGGAGCCCAAGCAGCAGAUGGAGGCCAACAGAAUCAUACAGCAGAGCCUUGAUACCCAGCUGGACCUCGACGAGGUGGGGGAGGCGGACCUCGACGAGACGGCUCUGGUUGACCUGACUCCGCCCGGGGGCGUGGCCAAGAAGCUGCUGCACUACCUGACCCAGAAGCUGUCGGGCUCCUGCCUGCCCGACCUGCUGUGCUCCCACACCUUCUCCAAGCUGUACCUGCGGCGCGGGGGCGGAGACCUGGAGGACGAGGAGCUCAUGGCGGAGGCCUCUGGGGGCCCCCCGGGCAGGAGGCCGGCCUCGUCCCCCCCCAGCUCCUCCUCCAUGGCCUCCGGGUCCAAGAAGCCCAAGGUGGAGGAGGAGCGGAGAGGCGAAGAGGAGGAGGAUCAGGGGGAGGAGGAGGAGGAGGAGGAGGAGGGCGAGCUGCCCUCCGAGGACGACGCCCGGUCCUCCGACGACCUGGACGAGAAGAUGAAGGUGUUUGACAGUGCCCGCUUCGGGGGGAAGCGGUCGGCCCUGGAGACCAUGGGAGAGGUGGUCUCCUUCCUGAGGACCACCAGCACCGACCUGGAGCAGCAGAUCGCCGGCAUGAGGUUCCUCACCCGGACGGUGGAGGAGGACACGGCCCAGAAGAAGACCACCCUCCGGGCGGUCUCCACCCAGUCCAUCAGUGAGUGCGUGCUGUCCCUGCUGGUGGAGCUGCUGGGGUCCCCCGAUAAGGAGGUGGCGGUGUCGGCCCUCCGUCUGACGCGGGGCAUCAUGCUGAAGUACGACUGGAGGGUCCCCUUCGCCACGGAGGGGGGGGUCCGCUCAGUGCUGUCCUGCAUGCACCAGUUCUCCAGCGCCCCCCAUGUGCAGCAGGUGGGGCUGGCGGCUCUGAAGGUGAUCACGGGAGCCAGUAAACACGACCUGCGCUGCGUGGGCAGCGGCCUGCCCCUCUCUGAGUCCGGGACCCAGAUGAUGCUGGAGAUCUUCUCCAGCAUCGGCUCUGCUGCUCCGGAGGGCUCCAGCAGCCUGCUGGGGGCCAUCCCUGCUGCGCUGGACCUCAUGCUGACCACCAAGGGCUCCACCCUGUCAGUGAGGAACGGUCUGCUGGUGGUCAUCAUGCUGAUCUCCAACCACAAGAGUCUGGCGGAGCAGCUGCUGGCGUGCGGUCUGACGGCCGUGCUGAAGAAGUGUCUGGGCCGGCCGCGCUCAGAGACCCUGUUGGCUGUCAUCGCCCUCAACCACAUCUCCAUGGUGCACAAGCUGGAGAGCAGAGACGUCGAGGACCUGGGCUUCAAGGACACGGAGCUGGAGAUGUUUGCGGCGAGUCUGAAGGAGCUGAGUCCGACCAGAGAGCUCAUCCUGUCGUUGGAGCAGCUGCUGAGUGACGACGUGUCUCCGCUGGAGGAACGCAACCAGGUGACCCGGAGUCGCGACACCUACCAGGUCCUGGUUCGUCUGCUGGACCAGUUCCGGGCGGACCGCGACGUGCAGCUCUCCAUCCUGAGGAUACUGAACAAGUUCCUGGACGACCACCAGGAGGACAUCCUGCCCUGGCACGAGAGCAUCGAGCCCUGCCUGUCGUCCAUCAUCGCCUUCGUCAACGAGCGUGAGGUGGUCCAGCAGUUCAUCCGCUUCCUGUACCGCCUGGCGUCGCUCAACAAGGACUACGCCGUGGUCAUGUGCCGCCUGGGCACCAAGGAGAUCCUGGCCAAGGCGCUGGACAAGCACGGCACCACGCUGCUGAUGCUGCCCGAGCUCCGCGACCUGGUGGGCGACUGCGAGAAGUACGCCAGCCUCUACAAGAAGAUGACCACCAGCAUCCUGGCCGGCUGCAUCCAGAUGGUCCUGGGUCAGAUUGAGGAGCACCGCCGGAGCCAUCAGCCCAUCAACAUCCCCUUCUUCGACGUGUUCCUGAGGAACCUGUGUCAAGGUUCCAGCGUGGAGCUGAAGGAGGACAAGUGUUGGGAGAAGGUGGUGGUCUCGUCCAAUCACCAUCGAGCCAACAAACUCACCGACAAAAACCCCAAGACCUACUGGGAGUCCAACGGCUGCACGGGCUCCCACUUCAUCAACAUCUACGUCCACAAGGGCGUGGUGAUCAGGCAACUGGCGGUGCAGGUGGCCAGCGAGGACUCCAGCUACAUGCCCGCCCGCAUCCUGGUGCUGGGGGGCGACGACCCCAACAACAUCAACGCAGAGCUCAACACCGUGAACGUCCCGCCCUCGGCCCGGCGCGUGGUCCUUCUGGAGAACAUGACCCGCUUCUGGUCCAUCAUCCAGAUCCGCAUCAAGAGGUGCCAGCAGGGGGGCAUCGACACCCGGGUGCACGGCUUCGAGGUGCUGGGCCCCAAGCCCACCUUCUGGCCCGUGUUCAAGGAGCAGCUGUGCUGCCGGACCUUCCUGUUCUACAGCACCAAGGCCCACACCUGGUGCCUGGACGUCCUGAAGGACCGCAGCCAGCUGCUGCUGCUCUUCAACAGGCUGAACAGCGCUCUGAAACACGAGCAGCUGUUUGCGGACCGCUUCCUGCCGGACGCGGAGGCUGCGGAGGCACUGGGCGGGACCUGCUGGGAGGCCCUCAUCACCCCCAUCGUCCACAGCAUCGCCCUGCCAGAUGCCACCUCGGUCAGCCCCCUCUCCUGGCUGCUUUCUGAGUACCUGGAGAACGCCCGCUCGGCCCGCCGCCGCAACAAGGGACGCCCCGCCAUCUUCAACUGCCGCGUGCGCCAGCUCACCCACCUGCUGGUGCACGUGGACACCGGCCACGUGGAGGAGGUCAAGCCGCCCGUCAAGUCCAACGGCAAAGACGGGAAGAACAAGGACCCCGCGGCGGCAGCGGCAGCCUCCUCCUCCUCCUCCUCCUCUUCUUCGUCCUCCUCUCCCCGGAUCUACGGCCGCAUGAAGAGCAGCAGCGUGGCGGGCAUCGCCCUCUGCUGGCAGGGGGUGGUGGAGCAGCAGGUGAAGGAUUUCCUGGAGGUGAGCUGCGGCCUGCCGGACUUCGUGGAGCGGUACCGCGGGCUGUACGUGCGUCUGAAGCGCGCCAUGGAGGAGCUGUUCGGCCAGCAGACCGCCUUCGCCCUCGCGCUGCGCACCGGCUUCUCCGCCGCCCUGCUGCAGCUGUCCAUCCUCAGGGCCGUGCACGUGAGCGAGCGCUUCGCCCAGUACAUCGACCAGGCCAUCCAGAGGAUCCAGGUGAGCGGCCGUGCGGAGCGCCGCGAGAGCCAGGAGCGCCUGCAGCAGUUCCUGGAGCCCAUGCUGUUCCUGUCCGGCCUGGAGAUGGCCAGCACCUUCGAGCACUUCUACAGGUACUACCUGGGCGACCGGCUGCUGAGCGGGGGCGACGUUUGGCUAGAGGAGCUGGUCACCCAGCACAUCGGGAGCUGCUUCCCCAACCGCUUCCCCGAGCAGAUGCUCAAGAACCUGGCCGAGUCGGGCGAGCUGCGGCGCGAGUUCAGCCUGUACCGCCUCCAGCAGCUGGACCACGGGCUGACGGACCAGAGCCUGAUGGACCCCGCCCCGCAGGACCCCUCCCAGACGAUGGAGGAGGAGGAAGAGGAGGAGCCUGAGGAGGAGGGGGAGGAGCCUGAGGAGGAGUGUGACGUCCACAUCCUGAUCCUGUCUCCUCGCUGCUGGGCCGUCUCCGCCCCCUGUUACCUUGACGACCCCAGCGUCCACUUCCCCCCCGGACUCUGUUCCCACCUCAGCCAGUUCAGCACCUUCUACACCCACACCCAGGUGAUGUGCGGCGCCCUCCAGAGCCGCCAGCCCCGCCGGCUCCAGUGGACGUGGCUCGGCCACGCGGAGCUCAGCUUCAACCGCUGGACGCUGCACGUCUCCACCCUCCAGAUGUUCAUCCUGCUGCACUUCAACCACCAGGAGGAGCUGAGUGUGGAGGCGCUCCAGCAGGUGACGGGGCUGCCCCCCUCCGUUGUGGCCCACUCCCUGGCCCCCCUCACCGUGGAGGGGGGGCUGUUGCUGCUCAGCGACCCCAGUGACCUCACCCAGGGUGUGCUCCGGUUGAACCCGGGGGCGGAGGCCGGCAGCGUGUCUGGGGGCGGGGCCUGCCGCAGCCUGCUGCCCCGCCAGGCCUACCUGAGCGUGGACGAGGCGGCGGCCGACGCCUUGGAGAGGAAGAGGAACUACAUCUACUGCACCAUCGUCAGCCUCAUGAAGACGGAGAAGGAGAUCCACAUCGACAACCUGGUGUUCAAGGUGAUGGUCACGUGUCAGAAGGCAGGGGGCGUGGCCAGCGGGGGCCCCUCCCUGCUGCCCUUCAGCUGCUCCACCAAUGACGUGCUCGGCUGCAUCAUGCACGUGCUCAGCCAGGGCUACCUGCGUCGCCACGACGACAGCCCCCACAUCGUGGAGUACGUGGCCGAGGGCCCCACCACGCCCAAGAAGGGCCGCGCCCAGUUCUCCUUCGCCCGCGGCCAGCUGGGGGCCGAGGGAGGCGGGGCCAGCGGUCACCACGGCAACCCCCUAAGCGCGGGGGGGCUGCUCAGUGCCUCCCACCCGGCGGAGGACGGGGGCCUCGAGGCGGUGCUGUUCUCCAUGGGUCGGACCAUGACCCAGGACGAGGUCCUCGCGCUGAUGCAGAGAACCGUCCAGAUGGUGUCGGGGACCCUGGCGGUGGACCCGGACUGGGCGGAGCACCUGCUGACCUCCUGGCGGUGGAACGUGGACGCUCUGGUGCAGAGCUACACCGACGACCCCGAGGCCGCCGUGCUGGCGGCCGGCCUCAGGACCCGCAACCCUGACCCCGCCCCCAGCCCCGCCUCCUCCUGCCCCGUCUGCCUCAGCCCCCGCCCAGCCGACAGCCCGGCCCCGCCCACCCUCAGCUGCCUGCACUACUGCUGUCUGUGUUGUUGGCAGAAGUACCUGAGUGCGCGGGUGGAGCAGAACAUGGUGAUGAGCUGCACCUGCCCCAUCACGGACUGCCGCUCCCAGCCCACCUCCCAAUUCUUCUUCAGCAUCCUCAACGACAAGGAAACGGUCGCCAAGUACGAGCAGGCCCGUCUGCGGGGCUACGUGGAGAGCUGCUCCAACCUGACGUGGUGCACCAACCCCCAGGGCUGCGACCAGGUGCUCUGCCAGGACAGCCUGGGCAGCAUGGGCACCUGCUCCAAGUGCUGCUGGUCCUCCUGCUUCAGCUGCAACUUCCCCGAGGCCCACUACCCGGCCAGCUGCAGCCACAUGUCCCAGUGGAUGGACGACGGGGGCUUCUACGAGGGCAUGACCAUGGAGGCCCAGAGCAAACACCUGGCCAAGCUCAUCUCCAAGCGCUGCCCCAGCUGCCAGGCGCAGAUCGAGAAGAACGAGGGCUGCCUGCAUAUGACCUGUGCCAAAUGUAACCACGGCUUCUGCUGGCGGUGCCUGAAACCAUGGAAACCGACCCACAAGGACUACUACAACUGCUCGGCCAUGGUGAGCAAGGCAGCCCGGCAAGAGAAGAAGUUCCAGGACUACAAUGAGAGAUGCACCUUCCACAACCAGGCCAAGGACUUUGCAGUGAACCUGGAGCGGCGCGUCUCCUCGGUCAACGAGGCGCUGCAGAUGAAGGCGCUCACCUUCGUCAUCGACGCCUGCAAGGUCCUCGCCGCGGCUCGCAAGGUGCUGGCGUACUCGUGUGUGUACAGCUACUACAACCAGGAGACGGAGAAGAUGGACGUGAUGGAGCAGCAGACGGAGGCGCUCGACUUCCACACCAACGGCCUGCAGAUCCUCCUGGAGGAGACUCUGCUGCAGUGCACUGACCUGGCGUCGUCCGUGCGGCUGCUGAAGCCGGAGCACCUGAGCACCGGCCUGGAGCUGAUCCGCCGCAUCCAGGAGCGCCUGAUGGCCAUCCUGCACCACUCCACCCAGGAUUUUAGGGUGGGCUUCCAGUCCAGGACGGGCCAGGACCCCGAGGCCUCCACAGCCUCCAACCUCGCCAGCAAUACGGACCCCAACAAGACUCCCAAGGCAGCCUCGGACUCGGGCGACUCGGACAACAACAACUACACCGGGGAGGAGGGGGCGGACGAGGAUGACGAGGAGUAUGACGAAGAGUACGUCCCGGAGUGGCACGACGACUACGACGAAGACGACAUCGACGAGGACGACUUCUUCUCGGAGGACGACGAGUCGGAGAACCUGGAGCGGGACCUGAGCCCCUUCGACUGAACCCUCCGGAACCUUCCGGGGGCUCUAGAGCCUUCUGGAUUCUACUGGAACCCUCGGAACACUCUAGAACCACCUGGGAUAUCCAGGGGGCUCUAGAGCUCUGACCAACAUUCUAGAACCCUCUGAACAUUCUAGAACCCCGCCCCUCCUGUCUGUCAUCUCCUGUGUGUCCAAUCAGAUGGCAGGGCUGUGUCCCUGCCUCCUUGUUCCUUGUUCCUUGCUCUGUGACGAUGGACGGGGGUUUGCCCCCCCCCCCGCGGCCCCCUGCUGCUGCUGCUUGAGUCCCGGUGCGUCGGGACGAAGGGACGCUUCGCUCCGCUUCCAGCCGGUUGUUGAAACCGAGUUCGCGUUUAGAGUUUAAAGAUGUUAUCCGCACAAGUCACGGGUCAUGCCUUUGUUUAGCCUUCAUUUUUACUGACAUGCAGAUGCUCACAUAUUUUCCGAAUGCAUCAAAGAGCUCUUGUUUGCUUCACGUCUUUUGAGUUCAGAGGGAAGGCUGUCUGGUGGUCGCUUCGCAAGUGCUUUCAGUUCAGGAACGCUGGGUUAAUGUACGUUUAGAGUUUAUGUGUCAAAAAAACAUGGGAUGAAAAUAUAGAAUAUAGAUUAAACUUCUCUAUGACGAGGAGAACAGUUAUUCUCAAAUAAAAUCAAUGCAAUAACACUUAAAAUACCAGAAGUUGCUAUUUAAUUCUUGCCAAGCAAAAAACCUGCUCUGUGAUAUUUGUAUGUUUGGACAUGAAAAUGGUUAAGGGACGUUUGGGUUUUGUACACACAUGUACACAGGUGAUUGGAUAUCUAAUAUUCAAAGACUUUGUUUCGUUACUCGCGUCCUGAAUAUAUUCUGUUCUAUUCUGUUCAAAGAUUUCAUUGUUGAAGUCGUUCAACUUCACCUCACUAACCAAAUAAAACUGUUUCUGCUACAUGAAAGGCU